AUGUCCCCGCUCAGUGUCCCCGUGGUGUUCCCAUUCAGUGUCCCCGCAGUGUCCCCGCUCAGUGUCCCUGUGCUGUCCCAGGAGCUGACGGGGACGCUGCCCCGCGAGUACCCCCUGAAGGCCGGGGAGAAGCCCCCCAAGGUGCGGCGCCGGAUCGGGGCUGCCUUCAAACUGGAUGAGAUCGUUGUCCUGCAUGGAGUGGACCCCCUGGAGCGGGAACGGGCGCUGCAGCUGCGGAUCGCCGAGGCCUCUCGCCGCCUGUGCCACGAGCAGAACAUCGGGCGGCGCCUGCGGAAGCGGCGACAAACGGCGGCGCUGCGGGAGGAGCAGAAGCUGCGCGACCUGGAGCAGGUCCUGAGCCAGCGGCGCCUCCUGACCGGGCACAGGGACACGGGCACUGCCCACGAUAACCCCCAAAAUACCAUCCCUGGGGAAUGCACCCCAAUUCCCUAUCCCUACUGA